CGGGCUGCUGGGCGCCGCUGAGCGGCGGCCGGAGGGGCUUCGGCUUCGUUUCUCCCAUUUGUUUGCGGGUCUUCUAGUAAAUAGAGCUAUUAGCCUGGCCGGCGGAGGCAGCGGGAGCAACAAACUUGGGGCUGUGCGGCGAAGAUCCCGCGUGGGGGCUCGGGGCCCUGAGCUAGCAGCCCGGGCUUUGCUUUCCAAAGCUGCGGACCUCAGAGCCUGGCAGCUCAGCAUCCCGCCAUCCCGCCGGUUCCAGGUCGCGGAGUCCUUUGGAGCGUGUGGGUGGGUGUGGGGACAGCAGGGAUUGGGGGCAGUCCAGUGGCUAGGGGGAGCGUGGGGAGCUCCCCCUCUCUAUGGAGGGAGCGCAGGAUGGUGUGCACCAGGAAGACCAAAACUUUGGUGUCCACCUGCGUGAUCCUGAGCGGCAUGACCAACAUCAUCUGCCUGCUUUACGUGGGCUGGGUCACCAACUAUAUCGCCAGCGUCUAUGUGCGGGUGCAGGAGCCGGUGCCCGACAAGAAGCUGGACGAGGACAAAGGGGACACGCUGAGGAUCAUCGAGCGUCUGGACCACCUGGAGAAUGUCAUCAAACAGCACAUUCAAGAGGCCCCUGCCAAACCUGAGGAGAGUGCUGCUGAGGCCUUCACAGACUCAUCCCUCUUUGCCCACUGGGGCCAGGACCUCAGCCCCGAAAGCAGGCGCAUCGCCCUGAAGCAGUUUCAAUACUACGGCUACAACGCUUACCUCAGUGACCGCCUGCCCCUGGAUAGGCCCCUGCCUGACCUUCGUCCCAAUGGGUGCCGGAAUCUCUCCUUUCCUGAUAGCCUCCCGGAGGUCAGCAUCGUUUUUAUCUUUGUUAAUGAGGCUCUCUCCGUGAUUUUGAGAUCCAUUCACUCUGCUAUUGACCGAACUCCUCCUCACCUGCUCAAGGAGAUCAUUCUGGUGGAUGAUAACAGCAGUAAUGGUGCCUGUGGCAAUGAGCUGCUUAACUCAAGCAAGCACCUGAAAAAUCUUACUGAAGAACUCAAGGAGAAGCUGAAAGACUACGUGGACAAGGUGAAUGCUCACAAGCCUGGCUUCAUUAAGGUCGUCCGCCAUAGCAAACAAGAAGGGCUGAUCCGUUCCCGUGUAAGUGGCUGGCGAGCAGCCACAGCUCCAGUGGUUGCUCUCUUUGAUGCCCAUGUGGAGUUCAACGUUGGCUGGGCAGAACCUGUGCUCACCAGGAUAAAAGAAAACCGGAAGCGGAUCAUUUCUCCAUCUUUCGACAAUAUCAAAUAUGAUAAUUUUGAGAUUGAAGAGUAUCCCCUGGCUGCGCAAGGCUUUGACUGGGAGCUGUGGUGUCGCUAUUUAAAUCCUCCCAAGUCCUGGUGGAAGUUGGAGAAUUCAACUGCUCCAAUAAGGAGCCCAGCCCUCAUUGGCUGCUUUAUUGUGGACAGGCAAUAUUUCCAGGAGAUCGGCUUAUUGGAUGAAGGAAUGGAGGUCUAUGGAGGAGAAAAUGUGGAGCUGGGGAUCAGGGUGUGGCAGUGUGGUGGGAGUGUGGAGGUCCUGCCCUGCUCCAGAAUAGCCCACAUUGAACGAGCUCACAAGCCCUACACUGAGGACCUCACAGCCCACGUCCGCAGAAAUGCUCUCAGGGUGGCGGAAGUCUGGAUGGAUGAAUUUAAGAGCCAUGUUUAUAUGGCGUGGAAUAUACCCCUAGAGGAUCCUGGAAUUGAUAUUGGUGACAUUUCUACAAGGAAAGCCCUGAGGAAAAAACUGCAGUGUAAGACGUUCCGAUGGUACCUUGUCAGUGUAUACCCAGAAAUGAGGAUGUACUCAGACAUCAUUGCAUAUGGGGUGCUGCAGAAUUCCCUAAAGAGUGACUUAUGUCUGGAUCAAGGACCAGAUACGGAAAAUGUUCCCAUUAUGUACUUGUGCCAUGGCAUGACCCCACAGAAUGUGUAUUACACGAGCAGUCAGCAGCUCCAGCUAGGCGUCCUGAGUCCCACUGUCGAUGAUGACGACAACAGGUGCCUGGUGGAUGUGAACAGUCGGCCACGGCUCAUCGAAUGCAGUUAUGCCAAAGCCAAAAGAAUGAAGCUUCACUGGCACUUUUCUCAGGAAGGGCCCAUCCAGAACCAGAGGUCCAAGCGUUGCCUGGAGCUGCAGGAAAACAGCGACAACGAGUUUGGGUUCCAGCUGGUGCUGCAGAAGUGCUCUGGCCAACACUGGUCCAUCUCCAACAUCCUGCAGAGCUUGUCGUCCUGACCAGCCCUGGGGAGGGAGGGGACCCUCUCCCUCCCAUCUUCUGCUACUGUGUAGCGCACGGCGCCUGCUCUAUUGUAUUCUUUUCUUGGGGUUUUCCGUGUGGAAGCUGGCUUUGUAGGCUGAGAAAAGAGACUCAUUUCCUAUUCAAUUUUCAUGGAGUUUAUAGAAAGAUACUGAACCGUGGGUGAGGGUGGAAGGUCAUAAACUAUUUUACAACUGUACAUAGGGAACAAAUGGAGACUAUUUAUAACUGACAAUAAAA